AUGUCCACCGAUUCAAUUGUUAAGGCUUCUAACUGGAGAUUGGUCGAAGUUGGCCGUAUCGUCUUGAUUAAGAAGGGUCCUUCCGCCGGCAAAUUGGCUACCAUCGUCGAAAUCGUUGAUCAAAAAAAGGCUUUGAUUGAUGGUCCACAUGUCCCAAGACAAGCUAUCCACUUGGGUCAAGUUGAAUUAACCCCAUUAACUUUCUCUCUACCAAGAGGUGCUAAGACUGCCACCGUCGUCAAGAAGUGGAAGGCCGCUGGUGUCUGUGCUAAAUGGAAUGCAUCCUCUUGGGCUAAGAAGAUUGCUCAAAGAAAGAGACGUGCUGAAUUGACCGAUUUCGAAAGAUUCCAAGUUAUGGUUCUAAGAAAGCAAAAAAGAUACACUGUUAAGAAAACUUUGGCUAAGGCUUAA